AUGGCCUACAGGCCUUUUGUCAUUCUAUUAAUCGUGCGCGACCUGAAAGAUAGAGUGGUCUUCGUUCUCGGAGAAUUUCCUACUUCUUUAAUCAAAUUUCUUUUCGGCGUUGCUACGAUCAGCGGGCUUACUCUCCGCUUGAGAGCUACGAAGAGACCAUCCAAAGACCUACUCAAGGAGAUUUUAUCAGUCCUUGAGGUCCGCGGAUUGGACGUCGACACGUCUAUGAUCGGCUUUUCUCACCGCAUCUUUGUUCUCAAGCCGCCGAGCGGGCAGCGGUGGAUCCUGAGCAUCGCGAAAAGCGAAUUUGCAUCUGCCUUGGUCAACCGAAGGGUGUUCAUCACGAAGCACAUUACCAACGUGCAACUGAAUUUGCAGAUCCCAGCUGUCGUCAACACCACGAAGGACCACGCCAUCUUUGACUACAUCAACAGAGCCCCAAUCUAUGCUUACUCACCUACUGUAGGCGAGCAAAAGCGUCACAAGUUGCUCGAUGGACUCGCCAAUUUUCUGUAUAAGCUUUGGACUUGCCUUGUGCCAGCUUCCAAUCCCAGUGAGAUUCGUCAAUGAUGGACAGCUGGACGUUUCUAAUCAACCUCUUCGAUACCACAGCAGUGAGAGAAUGGCCUCUUAACUAAGUGGACAAAACAAGCAUUCGUUCGAUCUGGAACCCAGGUUGGGGUCCACCAAUUCAUUUCCUUCACCGUGCUAAAGUCGAGAACCUGAUUCCACGCAAGAACAAUCUCGGAGAUGCAAUCAAGCACCCAGACCUGAGCCCGAUGAACAUGUUGACACGCGAAGAGGAAUUAUCUGGGUAAAAAUUGAUACGACCGACUCCAGAUCGUAUCACUGACGCAGUCAGUACCACAGAAUGAUGGAUUGGGAUACAGUCACGAUCGUGCCAGCACCAAUAGCGGUUCAACACCCACUAUUUAUAUC